AUGGAUGUUUCAUCGGACACACUGACAGAAUAUGAAAUUUGCAUGCAAAGCGCUGAAAGAAGAGUUUUCCACUUACUACACUCUUCCGAAUGGCACCACCAUACGGAAAAGAGAUCUGGCACUGUGUGGAAAAUGAGAUGCAGCGUGACCGAGAACAACAUGUUUCGUUAUGAAGGAUACAUACGAAAUAGGACCCCUGUUGAGGUUGCCAUCAUGGUUCACCCUGAAGGAGAACACCGAAACAAAUGGGACAGUCAGUCCGGUGGUACACCUUUGAUAGCGCGAAUCAGAGAGGAUACUUGUAUCAUAAGACACGACUCUAAAGCGCGUCUCAUGGGUUUGGUAGCGGCCAGAGAAGCAGUAGAUCUGUGUCGAUUUGCUACGGAUCCAGAAGACGGUACCCGCUCCGUGGUUAUGGUGAGCGUUACGCAUCCUUCAGCGCCACUGAGAGAAGGCAUAGUCCGUGUGCACACUCACCCGUCCUUAUUGCUCAUUUCACCAAGUGGCAAUGACACCAAAGUGACGUCUAUCAUUCAAGCAGAGCUCCACCUGAUGGGCUUACCUGCAGGAAUAGUGGAUAGCUUCGUGCCCAAGGGUAUACUUGAAUUCUUCGACGACUUGCGGGAAUAUUCGGCCAAGAACUUGAAGCUGAAUCUGGACCAACGUCUGACAGGAUGGGUUUCGUGAACUCGUGAUCCCCUUCAUCGCUAUUUGGGAGAAGUGUACAAAAUAAGAAAUUCACCUACACUUGGC